UGGGUCAGAGUUGGGUGCAGCACCACCGCUCCACCAGAGAAGGAAGCGGAGUUUCCGGCUGUUUGCAGCGGAGGGAGAGGAUUGCUGACGCCGUGAAACCCCGAGGAAAACGCAGCCAGCUCGGGGGCUAACACUUUCUAGUAUCGGUAGUGGUCGUUUUCUUUGGUAUUGGGGGAUCUGGGGGCUGGUGAGGUUUUUUUUACGGUCCGAGGAAGUCGGACAGCAAACCGAGCAAAGAAGCGGCACAAGGCGGGGGUGAGCCACUAGCUACCGGCAUGGCCAGGGACUACGAUUACCUCUUCAAGCUGCUCAUCAUCGGUGACAGCGGAGUUGGGAAGAGCAGUCUCCUCCUGCGAUUUGCAGACAACACGUUUUCAGGUAGCUAUAUCACCACAAUCGGCGUGGACUUUAAGAUCCGGACGGUGGAGAUCAACGGGGAGAAGGUGAAGCUACAGAUCUGGGAUACAGCAGGGCAGGAGCGCUUCCGCACCAUUACCUCUACAUACUACAGGGGGACGCACGGGGUCAUAGUGGUGUACGACGUCACGAGUGCCGAGUCCUUCGUCAACGUCAAACGAUGGCUACAUGAAAUCAACCAGAACUGUGACGAUGUGUGCCGAAUAUUAGUGGGAAACAAAAACGACGACCCCAACUCCAAGGUGGUCGAGACCACUGACGCGCAGAAGUUUGCAGAGCAGAUGGGAAUCAACCUGUUUGAGACGAGCGCAAAAGAGAACAUCAACGUUGAAGAGAUGUUCAACUGCAUCACGGAGCUAGUGCUAAGAGCCAAGAAGGAGGUGCUCGCCAAGCAGCAGCAGCAGCAACAGAACGACGUGGUCAAACUCACCCGGAACAGUAAACGGAAGAAAAAGUGCUGCUAGCAAACUCCAAGCCAUCCACACACACACACACACACACACCAAAAAAAAGGCCGGCGGCGUCUUUUUUUUUUCUUUCCCUCUUCACACAUGCAUAAACACAAGCUGGGACUCAGAGCAUCUAAAUUAAAGAGCAGAUAAAGAUUUAAUAAAUAUACGGUGAAAAGAAAGAAAAAAAAA